AUGGCGGACAAGAAGGAGGUGUGCCUGACAAUGCAUCAGCCUUGGGCGUCGCUGCUCGUCCAUGGGAUCAAGAGGAUCGAAGGCCGAUCCUGGAGCUCCUCGGUGCGCGGCCGUUUGUGGAUACACGCAGCUGCAAAGGUGCCCGAGCCAGAGACAAUUCGAGAGCUGGAGCGCUUCUACACUGAGGUUUACGCUGCACAAGGGAUCAAAGACAUCAAAUUUCCCGAGUUUUAUCCAACGUCGGUGUUGCUCGGUUGCGUCAAUGUGGUGGAUUGUGUGAAGCUCGAGGAGCUCGUCAGCCGCGAAGAACUUCCUCAAAGUAUACGCAUGGAGGCGCUGAGUGAGUGCUGCUGGCUCUGUGAAGAACCCCAAAAGCUGGUGAUCCCAUUCCAAAUGCGUGGGUGGCAAGGCGUCUACAAUCUCGAGAAGAAGAUCGCAUCAGCAGCCGUGGGAGGCUUGAAAGCUGUGCAAGGUCCCGGUCCAGUCAAGUUCUCGGGCCUUGGAGUUUCUUCCAAAUCUCCAGGCAAAGCCAUCAAGAACACAUAAGUGGAAGAGAGAACUCGAUCACCAGUAGUCACCACAGGAGCAAACGCCAUCCUCGCAGUGAUGAAACCUCGCGCUGUCCCGCACAACAAUCCUCCUCCCAACCAUCCUGGAGACGAGCUUGAUCGUGGUGUGACACUCGACGCAAACUCUGAGGUUCUUGGUCACCAGCAGCGGAGUUCCGGGAGGUGUGGCGAUCAGUCCAAACGCCAUCGCCAGCUUCUCGCUGUGGUGAGCCACCAUCUCCUCCUGGACGCCAUGGAUCCCGAGCUUGCUCUCGAUCAUCUGGAGCUCGGCGUGGAUGUGAUCCUGGAGAGGAUGCGUCUUGUCCCCAGCCACAAAGACGUGGAGAGCUCCAUCAAUCUCGAUGGAACUGUAGCCGGGCUCCUUCUUCACUCCUCGCAGCUCCAUCAUCUUCCUCAGCUCGGCCACCUUGUCCUUCUUCCCGCUCGCCGCGUAGAUGCUCGAGAGGAGGAGAUACGGAGCUGCGCCGUGAGGAUCCAGCACGAAGAGCCUCUCCGCCGCUCGAGCUCCUCGCUCCUCGUCCCGGUGACUUUUGCAAGCCGCCAGCAGCGACAUCCACGGCAUGGCGAUGGCGUCCGUGUCGAAAGGCAUGGUCUGGAUGAGCUCCUCGGCCUGCUGCGUCUGCCCGGCCCUCCCGAGAAGAUCCACCAUGCAGAGGAAGUGCUCCAUUGUCGGGACGAUUCCAAACUCGCCUCUCGCGAGGAGGAAGCUCUCCCGGCCCCGACGCAGCGUUCCGCCAUGGCUGCAAGCGACGAGCAAGCUGACGAGCGUCACGUCGUCGAGCCCGACUCCUUCGAGGCACAUCACCAGGAAGAGCUCGUCCGCCACCCCGGGGUGCCCGUUUUGCGCGUACGCCGCGAGCAUGGCAGUCCAGGAGACGGUGUCGUGCCUCGCCAUGGCAUCAAAAACCGAUUUUGAUUGCUCCA